CCUUUCUACUUCUCUCCAUUAAUACUCCCUUUCUCUUCAUAUUAUACAAACCCCAAAGUUACAAAGAAAAUAUCAAAACUCAAAAAAUAUGUAAAACAAAGAGACAAUCUCAUCAGACUUCUGAAGAAAUUAAACCCCACAAUUUUUAUUUUUCCUUUCUCUCUUUCUAUCUAGCUAGCUCAAUUAUUUUUGUUUUUUUAUUUCUGCAUUAAGAGCUUUCACUGUCUACACUCUGAUGAAGAUUCUAUUAUAAGCUCCAUCAUGUGCAUCUUUCAAUGUUCUCUUUGCUUUCUUUUCCAGGGGGGCAAUUGAACUUAAUUGGGCUUUUGUUACAUUGAGUAGUGAACAAGUAGUUCAGUCUGAAUUUUUUUUUUUUGUAAGCAAGUUAUAAGGGUAUGGGCCUGUACUAGAUCUCUCCUUUUUUUUCACUUUACAUUUAAUUUGAUUUCUAUUUUUGUUCAUCAUUUAACAGGUGAUUCCUGUUUUUGGGUUUUGUCUUUUUUAUUUCUACAAUUUGCUUUUUCUUUAAAAACAAGAGUAGGUAUGGAGGCUAUAUAAGAAGUGUUAGGGUUGCCUAGACUACAAAGAACAAACAAGCAAACAAGCUAAGAGGGUUUCUUUUUCUUUGUUCAUCAUCAUCAUCAUCAUCUUUUUGUUUUUCUUUUGCUUUGUCUAUCAAUCAAAUCAUCAAAUAUGGCUUCAUCAAAUAGGCACUGGCCUAGCAUGUUUAAGUCCAAACCUUGCAAUUCUCAUCACCACCAAUGGCAACAUGAUAUCAACUCUUCUCUCAUUCAACCAAGACCCCCAUGCAAUCAAGAAGAGAGGAGUCCAGAGCCAAAGCCAAGAUGGAAUCCAAGGCCGGAGCAAAUUCGGAUACUCGAAACAAUUUUCAAUUCAGGAAUGGUGAAUCCUCCAAGAGAUGAGAUAAGAAAAAUCCGAGCCAGGCUUCAAGAAUAUGGCCAAGUUGGUGAUGCCAAUGUGUUCUACUGGUUCCAGAACAGAAAAUCAAGAAGCAAACACAAGCAACGCCACCUACAAGCCAAAGCUCAACAACAAAACAAUUCUCAGGCUGCUCCAUCAAAUUCUUCUUCAUCAUCAUCUGACAAAUCGUCACCAAAUUCUUUGACUUUCUCAAUUGGUUCAUCAAAUAAUGUGAUGAACUUGCUGAAUUCCCCUACUGCUUCAGUGAACCAACAAAACUAUAACAAUGAUCAGUUCUUUACUACCACUGAACAACCUUUCUUUUUCACAGUGCAACAACCAGUACAAACUCAUGAUAAUUCUGCUAUGACACAAGGGUUUUGCUUCCCUGAUUCAACUAGUUCUUCUUCUGGACUUGCCCUGAGUGAAUUGAUGGGGAUAAGUCAAACACCUAGUAGUUCAAAAAAAGCUGAAAAUGAAAAAAUGAAUUUGCAGUCACAGCUCAUGAGUUACACUGUUACUUCUACUCCGACUACUGUUUCCCCUCUAAUUUCUACUACAACUAUUCCAACCAUCAGUCACAUUCAAGGUGCUAGCCUGGACCCCAACGAGGCGGUGGGUCCCACGAGAUCGACAGUGUUCAUCAACGACGUUGCUUUUGAGAUUGGGUUGGGACCGUUCAACGUGAGGGAAGUAUUCGGUGAGGAUGCAGUUCUCUUUCAUUCAUCUGGUGAACCCCUCAUUACUAAUGAAUGGGGUCUUACCCUUCAGCCACUCCAGCAUGGUGCAUUUUACUACUUGAUUUAGAAGAGUUGCUGAUGUUGAAGAAAUGAGUAGCUGCCAAUUUGCUGUUGUGUUUUGGUUCAUUGUCUCUCUUGAAGGAAAAAGAAAACAAGAAGAAGAAGUAGUAAUAGGACUUUUAAUUAGUUACUGUUUAAUUUGGAGAAGUGUUUAGUUUGUUACUUGAAGGGACAUUAGUUAUUACAGAAACCUAAGUCAGUCUUUGUGUACUAUGUUUCAUUUUAUCAUGAAAUGAAACUAACCUCUUAUUAUAAUUAUAUAAAUGCUUUUUUAUGUUUAA